UAUAUAUAUAUAUUGUAUAACUCUGGGAAUUUAAUUUUACAUUUAUUAGGUUAUUGACUCUGAUGAUCCUUACUCAAUAUCUGACCUGUUAUCAAGGCUCACAUUUUCUAUGCACUUACUGAUGACUUUGGUCGUGAUCGACUCUGUGCCAGGAUGACGCAUGAUGGAUUAAAAGAAAUAAAGAAUGGUUUGGCUUAGCCAAAAGUGCAAUUGGAACGGACAGUGUCGCGCAAGCGUCUCGUUCGUUAGUGCCGGAGUUAAUUAGCCUGCUGCAAGUAUCGGUCCUGAUUGGAAUGAGUGAGAAAAUUUUUUGGUGAAAUUUUCACUUUGACGAUUCGUUUGCAAAUAUUUGGCGAAACGUUCGAAAUUUUUUUGUAUUAUUUCUGUAUUAUCAGUGUCAGCGGAAAUUCUUGAGGAUUUUAAUACAAGCUUGGCUGGUUGUGAUAUUUUUACUUGGUUGGUGUAAAUAAAAAAAAACUCGUGUUUCUUAACGAUCUCGUAAAUCAGAUAAUAAUUUUGCGAAUGUCAAUCGACGAGAUAAAAGAGAUGUUCGAAAACAGACGCUGUACCAAAUUUGAGUUCGGUCAAUGUAUCCAAAGUGAAUAUGUGACACUCGAACGUUCGAUACGUCUGUGAAAUUGUAGAAUCGAUUUUUGAUUUUAAUUAUAAUUUUUUGAAAUUAUUCCAAUUGGCUGAAUAUGAAUAUAGUACUUCAGUUAAAGUGAAAAAAUGUAUAAGUAAAUUUUUGUAAAUAAGCAUAUUUGCAAGAAACACGUGUUUAAAAAAAACGUCCUUUGAAAUACGCGUGGUUAACGAAUGUGGUGCAAACGUCUGAUUUGGAUCUUCCUCUGGCUGUGGACGCGCUGUGACAUUUGGCUUUGAAAACGUCAAGUGAAAAUUGAUGGUGGAAGAAAAACAAAAUUUCAUAAAAAUGAAAAGUGCACUGUCCUCAAAUUGACAAUAGCCGUCUGUUUUACAGCAGUGUCUUCCAUAAGAAUAUCUUGCAGACAGCCAUCUUGUUUCGAGCAAGGUUCACUCUAAAAUUAGAAGGAUUGAGAUCGGCCAUUACUAAAUCGUAUGUCGCGGGGCGUCAAGUUCGCGUGAGCGGGACGAAUAUCGGCGUCGCGACGCACCAGUGCAAAUUUUGUGACGAGUAUUUCGUCGUGACGGUAGCACCGAUAAGAAUCUCGUGUCGAAAGAGAAAAUGGACAAAUACAAUAUAAAUAUCGAAAAACUUAUAUACGCAUACGUAUAUAUACAUAGAUUUGUAUAAAAAAAGGGAAGAGAAAGGAAAUAAAAAAAUUCUUACGUAGACUAUGGAGAGCAAUAACGCCACAACGAAAUCAGCCGUGGAAUCGCUUCAGGAACCUUCUAAGACUCAUCUCGGCGACGGAAUGGCUCUUUCCGGUUUACGAAGGGCAAUUUCCCAGGUGUCGAUGCUAGUUUACAAAGCGACGACUUCCGGCGAGGCUGCUUGGCGCGAGGAAUGCCUUAAAUAUCGACAGACGAGAUUCAGCACAAGACGCGUACGCAAACGCGUCGUUUUCAAGCACGGCGACUGCAACGUGGUACAAGGAAACGUAGCGAAGAGAAGACGUCGUUACUUGCAGGAUAUCUUUACCACUUUAGUAGAUGCACAAUGGCGCUGGACGCUUUUGGUCUUUUCCAUGAACUUCAUGCUGUCCUGGUUGGGUUUCGCCUUAGUAUGGUGGUUGAUUGUUUACACGCACGGAGAUUUGGAUUUGGAAAAUAAAAAUAAUGAUUCCUUCACACCGUGCGUCAGGGACAUACGCGGAUUCACCAGCUGCUUUCUUUUCUCGGUAGAGACGCAGCACACCAUUGGAUACGGCUCGAAGCAUACCACAGAAGAAUGUCCUGAGGCGAUAUUCAUAAUGUGCAUACAGUCAAUGACCGGCGUAAUUCUUCAGGCCUUCAUGGUGGGAAUAGUCUUUGCAAAAUUGUCAAGACCCAAAAAACGUACUCAGACAUUACUCUUCUCGCGAAAUGCCGUAAUUUGCCAGAGGGAUGGUCAACCCUGUCUGAUGUUUCGCGUCGGCGACAUGAGGAAGAGUCACAUAAUCGAAGCUCACGUCAGGGCACAGAUGAUUAAACGAAAGGUGACGAGGGAGGGUGAGUUACUGCCAUUCUUCCAAACGGAAUUGAAGGUCGGAGGUGAUGGCGAAGAAGACAAAAUAUUCUUCAUAUGGCCGACCACCAUUAUCCAUAAGAUAGAUGAGCAUUCGCCACUUUAUCAUCUAUCAGCCAGUGACAUGCUUCGCGAGAGAUUCGAGAUCAUCGUCAUGCUCGAAGGUGUAAUAGAAUCCACGGGUAUGACUACCCAAGCAAGAAGCUCUUAUCUGCCGUCGGAAAUCCUCUGGGGUCACAGAUUUGAGCACAUAAUAACAUUUCGCAAGGAAACUGGCGAAUACGAAGUUAAUUACACACUUUUCAAUAAUACUUAUGAAGUCGAUACACCACUGUGUUCUGCGGCGCAGCUGGACCAACUGAAGGCGAUGCAUCGCGCUAAAGGUGAACAUACCAACUCAGGAACCUUUCCAGCUUUUAGAGAUGAUUCCAGCAGUUCACUGACUACCAGCUCCGGUUCCAGUUUGGCAUCUUCCGUCGGUGGUUUACAUAUGCAUGCUCCUCCUACUCCACCAACACCGAUACCAGUGAUGAUCACCGGCCCUGAUGAUUCACCUAGAAGAGGUAGCGUCAAUGUGCCGAUGAACCAAAAACUUGCGACUUUCUAUACGCAAGAUGAGACCUUGGAACCGGAGGAUUAUCAGAAAAAUCCUAGCUUCAGUUCUGUUAGCUACACCGUGGAGGAUCUUAAGAAUCAGGAAGAUUACAAUAAGGUGCUCGAAGAUAUCAAUGCCAGUCUCAGAAGAAACAGGAAGCAUAGUAUUUAUGGAAAGGACGAUAAGAGAAUGCAAAAGGAAGGAUCCAGGGUGACUUUGGAAUCAAGAAGAAAUGAUUCCAGAACGAACAUAGAGGAUUCUAUCAGAAGAUCAGUUUCGAAAGCGACUAUAGACGGACAGAAUUAUCCUGGAGCUAUGAAAAAAUCGCCAUCACGUUCCACACUGGACUCUAGGCACACCAGAUUCGCAGAUUCUCCUGAAAGAACACACGAGCCUGGACACCCACACGCCAUGCCAAGAAGAACAAGCUUGAGUGAAGGACACAAAAAUAAAUCAGAAAUUCCAAAAAAGACCAGCUUCGUCCUAGAGGAAGAAGAGACAGCUAGGACCGACGACAAUAAUCCUGAGGAACAAGUCAUCAGGAUAUCCCCACCACCAAAGAUACCACCACUACCGGAAAUAACGGACGUACAAAAAAUAAAUCAUCAUUCACAACAUGCGGCUUCAGAGGAGCAUGUCUAGGUUUAAGGAUUCGCGAAGCUGACGAAAGGACGACAUCGUGGGACUUGAAGGAGAAUUAAAUUUGAA